UACAUGCAUGAAAAUGUCAACAGUCGUGAGCUCGCCGUAUUUUUGCACGGCUGGCAGAGGAACAGAGCGUUUUCUAGUCGAGGAACUGAAGGCAAAAGGUGCAACGCAGGCAAGUGUGAGAAGCUUAUUGACACAAGAUCAGCUGAAAGAUUGUUUAUCCAAGUAUGUUUUCAGAAUAAUAUAGGUUUCACCAGAAGGAAAGGUCUGCACCAAGUUUCUGAAUUAAUUAAACAAAUCAAUAGUUGGUCAGAUAACCUGAACUCUUGGAAAAUAUUUCAAUUUUCUCAUAAGACUGGAGACAGUGAGAAAACAGCCAUUGGAAAUAAUGAUGAUGACCACACCCCAGCAAAGAGGCAGAAAUUGGAUUCUGAGUCACAAGUUACUUUUAGAGUCUCUUGCAAGUGUUCAGGCAACACUGGGAGAAUGUUUUCAUUACAGCAAUGGUCAAAAACUCUUGGUAUUGCUGUAGCAAAGAAAACAGGCUGGAAAGCUAACCUCAAAGAUCCCAUGCUGGAAAUAUAUGUUCAGAUCAACGAUGUUCAUUUUGUCAUUGGCUUUCCAGUAACUAAAAUCCCACUUUCAAAAAGGACUUACAUUAAGCACAUAGGUCUCAGAUCCACAGUCAGUUGGAUUCUAUGCUCCUUAUGUGACAUUUCCCCAUGUGAUGUUGUAUUAGACCCCAUGUGUGGAGCAGCAACCAUCUUAAUGGAGGCACAGCACAGCUGGCCCCAUGCCAGAUAUUAUGGAUUUGACAUUUCAGACUCACAGCUGGUGAAAGCAAGUGAAAAUAAACAACUUUUACCUGAUUCUAAUAGCAUUGAGUUGCUACAAGCAGAUGUCAGGCAGCUACCAAUGAAAUCAGGCAGUGUGGAUGUCAUUAUAUGUGAUCCUCCAUUUGGAUAUAAACAUUGUAGCCCAAAGACUGUGGAAACCCUUUACCCACUGAUGAUCUCUGAGAUGAACAGGGUAUUGAAGCCAGGAGGAAGAGUGGUUCUUCUCACAGUCACAGAUCUGAAAGAUUUGGUCUUACACCUGGUUUCAGGUCAGCAUGCUCAUCAAGAGAUAGAUGUUGAAUCUAAUCAAGUAGUUAUUAGACAAGAAAAGAAAUAUGUGGGACAAGAAAUUCACACCCCUGCUGAUUUGGGAACUGUCAACAGUGAAGUGGAGCUCGAUAAACGUUUAGAAGUUGCAAGCACUGGUCAUGCAGUAGACCUGGGCAAUAAAAAUGGUAACGCCGAGCACAAGAACUUUGAGAACAGUAAAAAUGAUCCUAGGUCCAGUAGUAAAUGUGUAGAGGAAGAGGUUGUGCACAUAUCUUGGGUAUUACAGCAGUGUAGUUAUUUGAAACUUGGAGAAACGCAUGCUCAGAUUAUGGUUUUUACCAAAUAAUUGUGAAC